AUGCCUCUCCUCCGCCCUACUCCCUCCCCGCCCAAAAACUUAGCGAAACUUCUUCAGCCCCCAGUCUCGUCUCUAUCGGGGCAAUUCGCUAAAGAAGUGGCUCCAGCAGUGUCUCCAGCGGCUUCGCCGUCCUCGACCUCCUCUACAUCCCAUACCCCACUCAGCAGCGAUGCUGGUCAGGCUGCUUCUUCACCGCUCCACCCCCGGGUGGCUGUGAUUCUAGGGGUAGACCGCAGAUGGCAUAUUCCUCUGUUGGUUUGUCGGGCCCUGAGUACACUCCCUGCUGCAUGGUGGGGGUUGCGGUGCGCCUUCACCUUUCUGGCUGAGCUACUACACAUUCGGCCGGGAAUGGGACGGGAAGGAUGGGCGGCGGCGAUUAUCGGAAGUGUGGGACAGGAUUGGGAUGUUGAGAGGAGAUUUCGGGUGACUGAAGUGGCAUUGGCCAUUAUGUGGAGACUGCUUCUACUCAAGAUCUCUUUUGCUAAUAUCGGUGGCUCGAGCAGGCUUCUGAAUUACACCCCACCGGCGGUUGUCAUUCGUCUUUUGACAACAAACGGCUUAAUUGCAUACAUAACUUCUUGGGUUCUCUAUCUUUCUGGUGCAUCCUCUGAUCCUCGAUGUCUCCUACCAGCCUGGAUCUCAAUAACCACCACCCUUACUUUUGUGUACCAUGCAACACAAAACCACGCAACCAUCAAACGUGAAACCGCAGCCUCUCUGUUUGUCGUAUCUGUUGCUAGCUUCGUCAGCAUGUCCUCGCUAUUGAUGCAACUUCAUCUGACUCGAGAGAACGAACCGGAGGUUCCUGUCUUUAUCAUUACACGAAAGCUAUGGGACUGGGCCGUUGCAAUAUUUCUACGCAUGCGAGUCGCGAACGACCGUGUUCCUGGUGGAGAAUUAUAG